UCGUCAGAUCCAGCAGCAUGCUCAGUGCGUGGAGUUCUUCCCUUCCCGUGUUUUUUUCCUGAGUGGUGAUUUAGCCAAGAUGAGCGGAGUUUGCAGGGAAGUCAUCACGCUGCAGCUCGGACAUUAUUCCAACUUCGUGGGAACCCACUGGUGGAAUUUACAGGAUGCAUCUUUGUCGUAUGACCCGGAGUCGCCCCUCGCUGAGAUCCAGAGUGAUGCGGUGUUCCGGGAGGGACAGACUCUGGGUGGACAGGUCACCUACACGCCUCGGCUCAUCUCCAUGGAUCUGAAAGGAAGUCUGCGGACUCUGCGGCAGGAGGGGAACUUGUACGACCCGGGAGCAGGAAGCUCUGCCGUCCCCUGGGAGGGAAGCGUCGCCAUGCACAGGCAGAGCCCUCCGCAGAAGAACUCCUUCCUGGAGGAUCUGGAGAAGCUGGAUGUAAUCAUUUAUACACAAUCUAGUUACUACAGUUCUAUGUUUUCUACGUCAGUGACAUCAUCUCUCAGCAGCGGGUGAUGUUUUCUAUCUCAGGUCAUUUGUUGUUGUUUUUUAAAUGUUUUUGUCAAACCUGAUGGAAAUGUGUUGGUUUCCUCGCUGCUCUGACAUCAUCAGUUUUUCUUCCUUAACGAACCAAUCGGCUUCUGUUGCUGGAGCAGCGAGGCUCAUCGUCUGGAGGCCUUCGGUCAGGGGGAGUCCGUCCUGCAGGGGGCGCCGCUGGACGAGCUGGAGGACAAACUGCACUUCUUUGUGGAGGAAUGUGAUUAUCUUCAGGGUUUCCAGGUCCUGUGUGACCUGGCGGACGGGUUCGCGGGCCUGGGGUCGAAGGUCACAGAGCUGCUGCAGGACUCGUAUGGGGGGAGGGGGAUCCUGACGUGGGGGCUGGCUCCUGUGGGCCACCGGGACUCGAGUCCGGUCCGGGAUCUUUACCACCUGCUGAACUGCGCUCUUGGCUCCGCCCACAUGGCCGCUCACAGCUCGCUGUUCUGCCCGCUGACGCUGCGGGGGGGCCUGGGCAGGCGACCCGCCCCCCCUCCACAGUUUCCCCUCCUGGCCUACGAUCCGGCGCUCUGGUACCACUCCAGCUCGGUGCUGGCUCUGGCGCUGGACGCCCUCACCGUGCCCUACAGGCUGAGGAACAACGGCGCCCCCAUGUGGCAGGUGGCGGACUCCCUGGCCGUGUCGGGCAGGAAGGUGGUGGCCGCCUACGGCGCCGUCCCGUUUCCCAUGAUGCCCGGCGGGUCUCUGCCCGACGCCCUGAGUGCCUGCUCCGAUGCGUUGCCGUGGAAACCCCUGUCAGCUUGCCCUGAAGGGGGCGACGGUCGGUGCUAUGGCCAGUGGGCCACGCUGAGAGGCUUCGAGGGGCAGAAGCUCAUCAGCCGUCCGUCUCCAGGAAUCAAACCUCAGACUCCUCUCCAUAGUCUUCAUCAGUCUUCAUCCCCCCCCCACAGGGCCCUGCAGCUGGUCUCCUCCCCCAGUAAGCUGACCCCUCCCUUCCCGCAGAUCUUCAGCCCGUCGCUGGACGCUCAGGGCUUCCUGAGGAGCCUGGCGCCCCCUCCUGGCGCGCCGAGUCCGCCCGUCUCCUCGGUUCCUGUCCUGACGUCGCUGCAGUCCGGACCCGCCCUUCAUCCCUGGCUCGCUGAGCUGCACCGCUCCGCCAGCGCCUUCGACAUCCGCCGACUGGCCCCCAGCUUCCUGUCCCAGGGGCCUGAGAUGGCUGACUACCAGGAGGCCCUGGAGGACCUGCGGCUGCUGGCUCGCUGUUACCGUGACGACAGCAGCGGCGCCAUGCGGUCUUCCUCUGAGGAAGAGGAUGAUGACUGAGGGGGGGUUCUGUGAUCAGGGAGGAUCAGAGGGUUGAGGAGGCGAGGACCGCCACGCCGCGGCGUGGGGACAUCAGAGAGCUGCUGUUCUACAGGAGCCGGAUCGACCCAGAACCGGAUCUGGGUCUUCAUCUGCCUCAGACUGAACUUUACAGCCAUGAUGUCACUUCCUGUGAAAUAAAUUCACAGGGAAGGUUCAGAUUAAAGCAGAGAAACGGGGAAACCUUUGUCUCUGAAGAUCCAUGCGCUUUUCUGAUUGGACGGCGACAGUUUCAGCCGUCCAAUCAGAGGCUGGGCAGACCCAGAGGAGCAGAGCAGCAGCCAAUCAGCUUUCAGAUCAGUUUAUUAUAUAAAAUAAGAAAAUGAUAAGUUCAAACGCAUUCUGUGUCCGACCUUACGGUUCCUUGUUGUUCCCUAAAAUGCUUCUUCAUCCAUAAUCCUCCUCAUAAAAUAAGUAAAAUAGUUUUUCAAAGAUUGGCGGUUCUAUAAGAGUUAAUCCACAAAUAAACAUAAUCUGAGAUGUAGAAUAUGAUGAAACAUCCAAAGCAGAGGUGCUUCUAGUCCUGAGCUCAGAAACACUUUAAUUAAUCACUUAUUUCAUCUAUUAAAUGACUUUUUAAUGAUCUUCUGUAGAUUAAACUCCACAUUGAGGAGAAAUAAUCCA